GCGCGAACAUGGCGGCCUCCAGCGGGCUGUGGGGCUCUGAGGACCCCAGCCGCUGGGCCGCCGUCCUGGCGCGCCACGGAGCGGUGUUACGGGCGCGCUCGGGAGCACGGGGGCGGCUGGAAGCACUGGACCGCUGGUAUAGGGAGGAGCUGCCUGCGGCCAUUAAGGGCCGAGCGCAGAAGCACGUGACACGAGAGGAGCUGCAGCAGCUGCUGGCGUGGAAGCUGGCGAGGGGUCGCUUCCGGCCGCGUCUCCAGCAGCUGGUGGCCGCCAACUCCCCGGAGCUGGUCGUGCAGCGCUCGGCCACUGCCUUCAGCCUCCUGCCGGACGUGCGCGCGGCAGUCACCGAGCUGUGCGCGCUCCGCGGCGUGGGCCCCGCCACCGCUUCUGCCGUCCUGGCGGUCGGAGCCCCUGAGGUGGCAGCCUUCAUGUCUGAUGAAGCGGUUGCCGGAGUACCCGGCCUGCCAGCUCUGCAGUACACCCUUAAGCACUACCUGCUGUACCUGAGCCAGGUACGAGAGCGUGCUGCAGCCCUGAGCCAAGCCAGUGCCUCAGGACUGUGGACUCCUCACCUUGUAGAGACAGCACUGUGGACCUGGGUCGUGGGGCAGAAGCUGUGUCCCAACCUGAUGCCUGAACUCAGCCCCAGCCAAGCCACCCAACAGGACACUAGGCCUGCCAGGAAGCAUAGGACCCAGGCCAAGUGAACUUGAUUGGCCCAGGGUCUGUACCCCGCCACAAGCCCUCAGCCCACCGGACUCUAUGGACGACAGGCUGCUGGGGUGUUAUAGGAGAGAGCUCAAUAAACACUUGCUGAAUUCAGCCUGAUCAG